AUGGCGCCCAGGAUGAAUGGCGUGGGCAUCAUGCCCGAGGACACUCGUAUCUGUGUUGUCAUGGUUGGCUUACCCGCCCGAGGGAAGAGCUACAUUGCGCAAAAGGCCCAGCGGUACCUGAAAUGGCUUUCCAUUCCUGCAAAGACCUUCAAUGUUGGCAACUACCGACGGAAUGAUGCCCCUCAUCCGUCGGCCGACUUCUUCGAUACCAAUAACCCUGAAGGCGAGCGCAAGCGCCGUGCUGCUGCCGAGGCAGCUGUGUCAGACAUGCUCAAGUGGUUCAAAGAGGAGGGCGGCGUCGUGGGCAUCCUCGACGCUACAAACAGCACAAAAGAGCGCCGCAAAUGGGUGCUCGACAAGGUUGGCCGCGAGGGGAUUGAAGUCUUGUUUGUGGAAUCCAAGUGCGACGACGAAGAAUUGAUCAUGGCCAACAUCCGCGACGUUAAGACCAGCAGCCCCGAUUAUGUUGGCCAGGAUCCGGAGAAAGCCGCGCAGGAUUUCCGAGAGCGGAUUCGUCAUUACGAAAAGGUCUACAAGUCCAUCAAUGAGGAUGGUGAUGAGGACGAUCUUACCUACCUCAAGAUCAUGAACGUUGGUCGAAAGGUUUUCAUCAACCGUAUCCAGGACUACCUGCAAAGCCGCAUCGUUUACUUCCUCAUGAACCUGCACAUCCGCCCGCGCUCUGUUUGGCUGUCUCGCCAUGGCGAAUCCGUCCUCAACCUCGAGGGCCGUAUUGGCGGGGACUCCGAGCUAUCCCAUCGUGGUGAAGAGUACGCUCGCAAGCUUCCCGAGCUGGUCCGUGAGUCUGUCGGUGAUGAUCGUCCUCUGACGGUCUGGACGUCCACCCUUAAACGCACCAUCGCCACAGCUCGCUACCUCCCGAAGCAUUACAACCAGCUGCAGUGGAAGGCGCUCGACGAGCUCGAUGCCGGCGUCUGUGACGGCAUGACCUACCAGGAGAUCGCUGACCGCUAUCCCGAGGACUUUCAGGCGCGCGACGAGGAUAAGUACAACUACCGUUACCGCGGCGGGGAGAGCUACCGCGACGUUGUAAUCCGCCUGGAGCCCAUUAUUAUGGAACUUGAGCGCAGCGAGGACAUCCUCAUCAUCUCACACCAAGCUGUCAUUCGCUGCAUCUACGCCUACUUCAUGCAGAAGUCGCAGGAAGAAAGCCCCUGGGUCCCCGUCCCGCUGCAUACCCUCAUCAAGCUUACCCCUCGUGCAUACGGCACCGAGGUGCAGACUUACAAAGCUAACAUCAAAGCGGUCAGCACCUGGCGCGGCAAGGGGAGCACGGCGAAGCAUGAAGACCCUGCCCCCGACGGCGGCAUCUAA